CGACUAUAACAGCGAAUCUCUGGCUCUAAAGAUGCAGCGGAGAUGAUAAGCAACAAGUGUCGCAAAGUAGACUUGGACUUCUAUCUACACCGGGUUUUCCGAAAGAAGUCGUUCCGCCCUCUGCAGCGAGAGGUAAUCGCAGCGGCUGUGGAAGGCCAUGAUAUCUUCUUGCAGGCAUCUACAUCGUUUGGCAAGAGCUUGUGCUUCCAAUUGCCUGCUGUCAUCAGUCAUGGCGUUACUGUCGUUGUAUGUCCGCUUCUUGCAUUGAUGACGGAUCAAGUAAACGCACUCCAAGCCCUAGGAGUAGCAGUGGCAACGAUCAAUUCAACUACUUCACUUUUAGAGAGACGCGAGAUCAUACAAGAUCUUCUCUCAGGACAUCCUAGGACCCGUCUUCUCUAUGUAACCCCAGAGCUGUGUCAAACGGAGAUGUUCCGGCGGAACCUUCAGAUAAUGCAUUCCCAGGGAGAGCUAAACCGUAUAGCUAUUGAUGAGGCUCAUUGUAUUAGUGUAUGGGGCCAUGACUUUCGCCCUGCGUACAAGGAACUCUCCUGGUUCAAGCGGUCCUUGAACAACCCUCCAGUUCCGAUCAGUGCCCUAACGGCAACCGCGACUCCACGUGUCCGCAAGGACAUCUUAACCCUCCUCGGUUUAGAUCCCUGCAAAUUGAAGAUUUUCAACACACCAUCGGCUCGCCCAAACAUCCACUACGAGAUCAGAUAUCAAGGCUUCAUCGAUGACGAUGAACACCUCGAAAUGCCCCAGAUUCUCGACUUUGUCUCCUGGCUGAAGUCCAUCCACAGUCGUCGAGAAGCCAGAUUGGCCGGUGAUGCUACUGCUAACCUUCCGCCCAUGACCGGUAUAGUUUACGUUACCCUACGAACUGCAUCGGAAAAUCUAGCCCGCAGAUUGUCGUCAUGUUGGGAUGGCAAGAUCCGUGCAGUCGCAUACCAUGCUGGUCUUUCCUCACAGGACAGAAUCCGAAUUCAAUCGCAGUGGACAUCCCCACAGUCGCUCGCAAAGGCAGGCAGCCAAAACCCUGCGUUCCACAUCAUAGUCGCAACCAAUGCGUUCGGAAUGGGUAUCGAUAACCCCCACGUUCGCUUUGUAGUGCACUGGAACCCUCCUCGAAGCUUCGAGGGCUUUGUACAAGAGUCCGGCCGCGCAGGCCGGGAUGGCCGUGCCGCCGCAUCAAUCGUAUACUAUGGCACCCUAGAACGAGACAGAAUACUCAAUCUUAUUUACCGAGACAUCGAAAGUGCUAUCAGCCGCCUCAACAAGAAAGUAGCCAAUGGGAAUCCCAAAUACCACCCCGACACAAACCUUCAAAACCAGUACGCUCGGUUACGGAGUUAUCAGAAAGUUGUCUGGUACUGCGAGUCAACUAGCCGAUGCAGACACGAAAUGAUCAAGGAUCUCUUCGGCGACCUAGAACUCAAAAGGAUGGGUUCUCAGGCACCGAGCUCAGCAAUGAACACCACGGGCUCAAGCGCAUCGCCAUGCGACUUUGCUUGUGACUUUUGCAAAGAGGGCCCUAAAAGCCUCGCGCUUCGCAAGGCAAAGAUGAUGCUCGAGGACGAGCUGUGGAGUGACGGGGGAAAGGAUUAUAUGUUGGGCAUGGAGGCGAGAUAUCCGGAUGCCUUUAUUGACCCCGACUGAAUCUGAUCAAAUAGAGUAUGUGUUCUAUGUAUAUCGUAACGAAAUGGAAGAUAUGAGUACAACGGCUGUUUUCCACUCCAAACUGAUGCUGAAGACCCUGGUUGUUUUAGGUUUCAGAGUAAUAGUAUAUUUCUCUCUCUACUUGUAUGCCUUCUUCUAGCAGGAUCAUCACUAUGGCGAUCAAGCCUUUUUCAUGCGAAUGUUAAUCCUACCGGGCACGGCGGCGCAGAGCAAUGAGAUGAUGCUGAACAAUAA